AGUCUCCAGCGUUCUACCAAUGGUUAGUACCAAACCUGUACUAGUACAACUUGGCUGCUCCACCACCGUGGGUUUUGGACCACUGCAAGUAGAGUGACACUCCCCAGGAAUUAGAUUGGUCCAACCACGCACCAAGGUGAGCAGUUUUGCGAGUUGUUCUAGGACAGUCACGUUCGACUUGUAUCAUUAUAUUAUAGGUGCCUUCACACUGUGGUUGGGUAUAAAUGUUAAAUACCAAGGUCUUACGUGCUACUUCGGUUUUGCUUGGACGCCGCUUUUGGCGGCAUGACGAGACCCUGCCAAUUGUAAGUUUUCGAGAAGAACUUCUAUGGUGGGUCAGUAAUCAUGCUGAGAACUUGUAUUCGUGGUAUUACUCCAACACGAAUGACAGGAAAGUAGGUCAUCAAUGCGUCCAACGUCACCUGUACAUAUAGGGGAGCACAAUCAGAAUUCU